AUGGAGGACGAAGACUGCCCCGACCUGGUCCCGAUAGACGCCGGCGGCGCAGAGGAGACCGAGUCCAGCCCCAGCAGGAAGAUCCCCGUGACGAUCAUCACGGGCUACUUGGGAGCUGGGAAAACAACUCUUCUAAAUUACAUACUGACAGAACAGCAUAGUAAAAGAAUAGCAGUUAUUCUGAAUGAGUUUGGAGAAGGAAGUGCCUUGGAGAAAUCACUGGCAAUCAGUCAAGGGGGAGAACUCUAUGAAGAAUGGCUGGAGCUCAGAAAUGGCUGCCUGUGCUGUUCAGUAAAGGACAAUGGUGUGAAGGCUAUUGAGAACCUGAUGCAAAGGAGAGGAAAAUUUGACUAUGUAUUGCUAGAAACAACUGGUUUGGCAGAUCCAGGAGCUGUGGCCUCCAUGUUCUGGGUUGAUUCUGAGCUGGGAAGUGAUAUCUAUCUCGAUGGUAUUGUAUCUGUUGUUGAUGCAAAGCAUGGAUUGCAGCACUUGGCAGAGGAAAAGCCAGAAGGCCUUGUCAAUGAAGCAUCUCGGCAGGUUGCAUUAGCUGAUCUUGUAAUCAUCAAUAAAACAGAUUUGGUUUCAGGGGAAGAACUGAAUGAAGUCAGAACAUUGGUCAGGUCAAUAAAUGGACUUGUUAAAAUUCUAGAGACACAAAGAUCAAGAGUUGACCUCUCCAAUGUCUUGGACCUGCAUGCUUUUGACAGUUUAUCUGGAAUAAGGCCGCUCUCCAUACUCUUUGAGAAGUCAUGGAGAUCAGGGGACGUCUCAGAAGACUGGAAGAAGGCUAAUGUCACCCCUACUUACAAGAAGGGCUUAAAGGAAGAUCCAGGAAAUUACAGGCCCAUCGGUCCUGCUUCAGUCCCUGGGAGAGUUAUGGAACAAAUCCUCCUGGGGGCUGUCACAAGUCAGAUGAAACACGUGGUUGGGAAAAGCCAGCACAGAUUCACCAAGGGGAAAUCGUGCUUGAAAAACCUGAUCGCCUUCGACGACAAAGUAACCUGCUCCAUUGAUGUGGGGCGAGUGGUGGACGUUGUCUACCUGGACUUCUCCAAGGCUUUCGAUACGGCUUCUCACACCGCCUCCUAG